UUCAUGGAUGAGACACAGCAGUGGGCUGCCAUAGGUAGGAGCUCUGGCCUCACUCAGCAGUGCCCUCUGAUCAGGCAGCUUCCUGAUGGGCAGUGGAUUAUCACUCAAGCUACUUAAAUCACAUCAAUGGCUGUGACCCUGAGCCACAGGUAUCUGGCAGCAACCCAAGUGAAGUCGCGGGAGCACCCCAAGUGAAGUGGAGCAGUAGAUCCCAGUUCUCCUCUCCUGCCAUCUCCACUCCUGCCCGCCAUUCCCGGCAUCCCCUACAACAGGAGACAAACCAUUCCUCCACCCCAGUACCUGUCAACUUGGCCUCUUGUCACUGCUCCUUGCGACCCAGCCUCACCGACACCUCGUCACAAGAGCCAGCCUUGAUUCAAUCUUUGGGCACCAAGAGUUGAGGAGAAUGUCUUCUUUAAAGCGCCUUCAAAAGGAGCUCCUCGACCUGGCUCGUAAUCCCCCAGCCAACUGCUCUGCCGGUCCUAUGGGAGAUGACAUGUACCAUUGGCAAGCAACCAUAAUGGGUCCCAAUGACAGCCCCUACCAGGGAGGUGUCUUCUUCCUAACCAUGCAGUUUUCUUCAGACUAUCCAUUCAAACCCCCCAAGGUAGCGUUCACCACCCGAAUUUAUCAUCCAAAUGUUGGUAGAAAGGGAAAAAUCUGGAUAGACGUGCUCAGGAACCAGUGGUCUCCAGCGUUCACCAUAUCCAAACUACUCUUAUCCAUCUGCUCCAUGUUGUGCAAUCCCAAACUGGAGGACCCUUUGGUCCCUGAAAUCGCCGAACUCUACCUAAAGGACAGGAGAGAAUAUGAAAGAAGGGCUAGAAAAUGGACUGAGAAGUAUGCCACAUGA